CACAGGGCAGCAUGUAGCAGUUCGCUAACUUGCUUUUUACAUAGAUUCACCUUUUAAUGGGUUUAAUGGGAGUCGUGAUUUUAUAACUUGACACCCACCGGACGUCGACGUUAACUUUUCUGAACUGAAGUUAAGACGCUCAUCUUCCGUCUGGCGUACUCGCAUGUUCAGGAGACGAUCCAGGACAGUCCGGUACCACUGCUACCAGCGUGAUUGAUAAGUCCACAGUCAGCGCUCUGAGAGCUCGAUCCAGCUUCUCACUGCGAGGGUCACAGAAAGGAUGAAAGCUCCGCAAACAGGAGCUCCUGACCAUCUCCAAUGUUCCUGUGGCAGACUGCCCCCCCUCUCCCCCACGCACCGCACCCCCCACCAUGAAGUCGGCUCAUUUCUUUGACACGAUGGACAAGAUGGAGGACGACUACAUUCCGUAUCCGAGGAUCGAGGAGGUGUUGGAGAGGGGGGGGCCGUACCCUCAGGUCAUCCUGCCUGAGUUCGGAGGUUACUGGAUUGAGGAUCCCAAAGCUUCUGCUCCUCCUGUGCCUCCUCCCUCCUGUCUGGAGACCAGGGAGAAGGAGGAGGAGGAGGAGGGGGGAGCGUUGGGAGGAACAGAGGAGGAAGAAGACUCACCCACAGGGGGUUAUGGAUACCGUCUGGAGGAGAGCAACAAGGCUGCUCGGGCGUACAGGAAGUACUUCUUGGGCAGGGAACAUUUAAACUUCUCGUGUUCAGCCUGCAGCCUGGGAAACCUGCUGCUGUCUGUGAGACACGAGGAGGAGAAGGAGCAGGAGCACCUCCAUGUUAUCAUCAGGUCUCGGGUGAAAAGCUUCUAUCACAGAUUAUCACUGACAGAACUGCCUGACAUCCCCAGUGUCCCAGAGCUGGCCAAGCUGCUGUGUGAUGAAGCAGCAGGUCUGCGCUUCAGUCCCGUCCUCUACCCGAAGGCGUCUCAGCUGAUAGUGAACUACGAUGAGCACGAGGUGAACAACACCUUCAAGUUUGGAGUCAUUUACCAGAAGUUUGGACAGGUGUCUGAGGAGGAGCUGUUCAGCAACAACGAGGAGACGCCGGCCUUCACAGAGUUUCUGCAGCUGCUGGGGGACACAGUGGACCUGCAGGACUUCAAAGGGUUUCGGGGGGGACUGGAUGUGUCCCACGGUCAGACGGGUUCUCAGUCCGUCUACACCGUCCACAGACGGAAGGAGAUCAUGUUCCACGUCUCCACCAAACUGCCUUUCACUGAGGGAGACGCACAGCAGCUUCAGAGGAAACGUCACAUAGGAAAUGACAUCGUGGCGGUGGUGUUUCAAGAAGAAGCCACUCCUUUCGUCCCCGACAUGAUCGCCUCCAACUUCCUCCACGCCUUCAUCCUGGUGCAGGUGGAGGAGCCGUGCUCGGACAACACCUGCUACAAGGUGUCCGUCACUGCACGAGAAGACGUGCCUCCGUUUGGCCCGCCCCUCCCAAAUCCAGCCGUCUUUAAGAAGGCUCCAGAGUUCAGAGAGUUUCUCCUCACAAAGCUCAUCAACGCAGAGCUGGCCUGCUACAAGAGCGAGCGCUUCGCCCGGCUGGAGGAGCGUACCCGGGCAGCCCUGCUGGACAGCCUCCAUGAUGAACUGCACAGACGCUCCCAGAGCAUGCUGGGUCUGACAUCAGGCCUGGAGGAGGAGGGACGAGCGGAGAAUGGACAUGGCCACGGAGGACUGCUGGAGUCCAUCAAGAGGGCGAUGCGAGGACGAAGCGUCUCCAUGGAGACCAUGUCACGGGGCGGGGCGGGUCUCCCCACGAGUCUGAGUGGGGGGGGUCUGGCACACAUCAGCGCUGAGUGUAACGUGAAGUCUCCUGUGAAGCGGCGUUCAGGACUUUUCCCUCGUCUGCUGAGUGUCGACAGCCAAACGGAGAAACACAACCAGAGAAGUCUCCUCAGUGAGCAGAGGAGCUUCGACAGCUGCCAGCCGACGCUGGAGGUGACGUCAGAGCUGCCGUCCAAUCCCAGCUCUCCAGAGGCAGGACAGCGGGACAGCAGGAUUCACAUGAAGAAGGAGAGCAGUAAGAUUUCCAGAUCGACAUCCAGCACCUGCAGCUUCACCAUCCCUGCAGACGACCCUCACCUGCUCGCUCAGGCUGCAGCGACGGAAGGUCAGAGUUCAAGUCCACUCGUUGUCUGUCGCAGCCCCACAGAGGUGAAAAACAGAAACUCUCCCAGAUCCAACCUCAAGUUUCGUUUUGACAAGUUGAGCCACUCUGCUGCACAGGGACAUUAGACUGUGAGGACGUGAGGACGGCAGUGGGAGUUUCCAGAAAACAAGGAGGUUCACACAAACACCAGGAGGAGGAGGAGGAGGAGGAGGAGGACUUUAAUCUGAAAACACCAACACACACACACACACACACACUAAGGCUCUGGUGGAUGUGUCUCUUUCAUGCAUCAUUUAAAGGAUCAUUCCAUCAGUUUUAUACGGUGAGAUCCUGGUCUGUUCUGCUCUGUUCUGGGUGCCUGGGGAAACUAACAUACAUGUUGUGGGGCAUCUUUGGCCCCGGUCCCUCAGGAGCCUCACCCUGCCAGAGCAGCUCUGAGGACUGAUGCUCACUGAAAAGACUUUUUACGUAACAGCACAGAGCAGAUUUCAUUCUUUGGUUUAUGGUUUGAAUAAAUCCAACAUGCAUCAGAACCCGUUCGUCCCUUUCAACAGGCAGAAACUUUAAAAAAGCAGCUUGAGAUUUCAGUUGGUGAACGGAGCCAAAAUCUUUAGAAGGUGAUGGAAAAUUUAAAUGAAAAAAAAUCAUUUCUGUGUUAAAUGUUUUCAGUCGCUCAGUUUGUCAAAGCUGAGAUCGUCGUCAUUCCCAGACUCUUCUCUCUGUUCUCAGACACUGACGCAGUGAUGUUUGCAGGGUUUAUACGUUAACAUGUUCAUCACAGUCCAGCUGUCGACCGAGACCUUUGUUUUCAUCAGAGCUGAGCUGAAAACGACUCUGUGCUCAGAAGCUGAAGAACAAGGACGCUGCAAAAAGUGACAGGAAACAACUGAUUUAUGUUUUGCACUAAAAUGACACAGAGCUCUGUGGAUGUUCAGAGACUGAACCGGGACACUGACCUGGCACCGAGAGCACAGACGCUGUUCCUCCUCACUUCAUCAGGUGUAAAUCUCUGUUUCUGUGUCUUCAGAGUUUUUGCAAAAUAAGAGUAAUAAUUUAUUUUGAAAGGGGACAGUGAGUGGGAAGAUGUAGCAUAAAUAAA